AAACAAACCAAAUCGAAUCAAAUAACACCGCACCCUACUCGUUUUUAGCAGCGAACAACAUUCUUGAUUCUCCCUCUAAUUUUGUCGAGACCACACGAAAGUGCGAGUGGAUAUCAAAAGCACCACUCCAGCAGAAAAAAUGGCUGCUGCCUUAGCACCAUCGCCUUCUCUCCGGUUCAAUCCUUACUCCACCCUCCGGCUCCUCUCCUUCUACCCCAGAACCCCACUUCCCCGCCGCACCCCAACUCCAAUUUUCCCGCCAUUUCUUCCCCGCCUCUCCCGCGCCGCCGCCGUCCCUCGCCGGAGGUCCUUCUGUACCCUCAUCUCCGCAGCUCUCCACUCCGGCGGAGCUGCCGAGAGGACGAAACCGGAAAUUGCUGAAGAUCGGAGGUCCGAAGGCGGCAACAACAGAGUUGGGGAAUUCAGGAAGAAGCUCAAGGUUGUGGAUGUCAAGGGAGGGUCCGAUGAGGGGCUCGAGCGCCUGGGCCAGAGCUUGGUGGUUAUGGGUUGGGUUCGUACUCUCCGAGUUCAAAGUAGCGUUACAUUCAUUGAGGUUAAUGAUGGGUCGUGUCUCUCAAACAUGCAAUGUGUAUUGGGCUCAGAUGCUGAAGGUUAUGAUCAGGUAGAAUCUGGCUCAAUCACAACUGGUGCAUCAAUAUGGGUGCAAGGGAUAAUAUCUGCCAGCCAAGGAUCAAAACAGAAAGUGGAAUUGAAGGUCAACAAAAUUGUUCUGGUUGGAAAGAGUGAUCCUUCGUAUCCCAUCCAAAAGAAAAGGGUCAGUAGAGAAUUUUUGAGAACAAAAGCUCAUCUUCGGCCAAGAACAAAUACUUUUGGUGCGGUUGCAAGAGUGAGAAAUGCUUUGGCAUAUGCUACUCACAAGUUUUUCCAGGAAAAUGGAUUUGUAUGGGUUUCCAGUCCCAUCAUUACUGCUUCAGAUUGCGAAGGAGCAGGUGAACAAUUUUGUGUGACUACUUUGAUUCCAAGUUCUAGAGAAGCCUCUCAUUCUCCUGUGGAUGGCAUUCCAAAAUCAAAUGAUGGCCUAGUUGAUUGGUCACAAGAUUUUUUUGGGAAGCCAGCAUUUUUGACUGUCUCUGGCCAACUCAAUGCUGAAACCUAUGCUACUGCUCUGUCUGAUGUAUAUACAUUUGGCCCCACAUUUCGGGCUGAAAAUUCCAACACUUCUAGGCACCUGGCUGAAUUUUGGAUGAUUGAACCGGAACUUGCAUUUGCUGAUCUGAAUGAUGACAUGGCCUGUGCAAGUGCCUAUCUCCAGUAUGUAGUGAGACACAUCCUCGAAAAUUGCAAAGAAGACAUGGAAUUUUUCAACACUUGGAUUGAGAAAGGAAUCAUUGGUCGAUUGAGUGAUGUGGCUGAGAAGGACUUCGUGCAGUUGACUUAUACUGAUGCAGUUGAACUUCUUCUUAAAGCAAAUAAGAAAUUUGAAUUCCCAGUCAAGUGGGGUUGUGAUUUGCAGAGUGAGCAUGAACGUUAUUUAACUGAAGAGGCAUUUAGAGGAUGCCCUGUAAUUGUCAGAGAUUAUCCAAAGGAGAUCAAAGCAUUUUAUAUGCGGCAAAAUGAUGAUGGAAAGACUGUCGCAGCAAUGGAUAUGUUGGUUCCCCGGGUUGGCGAGCUUAUUGGUGGAAGCCAGAGAGAAGAGAGGCUUGAAUAUUUAGAAGAUCGGUUGGAUGAAUUAAAGCUGGAGAAGGAAAGCUACUGGUGGUAUCUUGAUUUGCGUCGUUACGGUUCAGUUCCUCAUGCAGGCUUCGGUUUGGGUUUUGAAAGGCUUGUACAGUUUGCAACUGGGAUAGACAACAUUCGAGAUACUAUUCCGUUUCCCCGGGCACCUGGUUCGGCAGAGUUCUAAAGCGAUGGCUUCCAGUUGCGGAACAAAUUUCCCGCAAUUUGUAUUACUAAUUUGUUAACUCAUCUAUAUAUAGAGCUGGAGCUGGAGGAUAAGUCGGUAUUGAUUUCUGCACGUUUGUCGCCAUUUUGUGGCUGUUUUCUUGACCAACCCAUUUUUUGGGAGGUAGCACAUUCCCAGUGAAAUCAUUCUAAAAUCUCC